AUGGCAAAGCUCAAUGACGAUGCCGGCGUUACGUCUGGGAAUGUACCCAGUCCACCUUCCGACUGGAAAUUAUCAUGCAUACUAUGGAUUCCAGACAAGGUGCGUUUCUAUAGGUCUUCCUACCAAUAUGACCAAGUUGCGAAAUUAUUGGAGAGAUCUUCAUUUCAUGUUGAAGUUCACGAAAAUGAGAUUCUUAGCUUUCUCUCACCAGAAGACGACGGCCGUUUGGCGUUGCUACCACGUUCAGAUCUCCCCAGCAAUGUUAUCUCAGGAGACUCAUCGAAACCCAGUUGCGAAAGCAAGGUCAAACAAACUAAAGGCCACCUCAUCAUGGUCUUCAUAUCUUGGAUUGAACUGUCAAAUAUGGUCUAA